UUUGGAGUAGCUGAGCACCAGAUGAUCCACGGGCCCCAUCCCCAUGCCUCCCCCCGAGGCCCCGGCGAGCAGCCGCAGCGCGCCGCGAGCGCCGUGCGCCGCCCCAGGGGUGGGGGGAGGUGGGCCGCGGGGGGGCCUCGGCGUUUUCGCCGAGGGGGCCUCGGCGUUUUCGCCGAGGGGCCCUCCCGGAGGGUGAUGGACACGGACGCGGCGGAGAGGGCGUUCCUGGCCAUAGAGCUGUCCGCGCCCGUGUCGAUCGUCUCUCACGGGGGCUGCCCAGACGGCGCAGCGGCGGCCGUGAUACUCGGGCGGGCGCUGCGGGCCCGGAACCCCGCCGCGGAGCUGCAUUUCGUGGAGCAGAGGCACUCGACCAAGAAUUCCGUGGGUAUCACCGCGGAGGGCGCGACCGUGAUAUUCGUGGACAUCUCCCCGAACGUCGACGACGUGCCCGUUCUGCGGAGAGCAAAGCAAGUCAUCGUCAUUGACCACCACGCCUCGGAGGUCGAGUCCAUGGAGAGGGUCCGCAGGGCGGUCCCUAGCUUGCUGGACUUCAGCGUCUGCAACGAGCGCGAGUGCGGUACCUCGCUGGCGCAGGCGUUCGUGGGGAGCGCCUUCUGCCUCGACGAGGAUAUCCUGCAGGCCGUGUGGCAGAGCGAUGUGUUCAUGCACCAGGUCCCGGAGCGGUGCGCGGACACGGUCCGCCCGAUCAUGGGCUGGCUCCUGAAGGACGGCCAGGGAAACACCUCGAUCGAGUUGAUGGAGCAGCUGGUGGACGGCAAGGCCAGCUGCCUGGAACGUGGGGCGCGUCUCGUUCAGGAGGUCGAGGAACACACCGAGGACAUCUUCGGACAGCGGCGCUUGGUGCACGAGAGCCCGGAGCUGAAGGUGAUGUUGGUGGACAUCCCACCGGACAGGCGCAAGCCGGCCGUGGACCUGCAGGCCUACCAGAGGGCCAUCGACACUUUGCAGUCGGAGAAGCCGACCAUUUUCGCCACGCUGGACCGGUUCGUCCUGCCCAGCGGCAAUUGGUACCUCGGCCUCCGACGCGCCGGCGAAGGCGUCGACGUGGGGGCCGUGGCGAAACUGCUCCUGCACGAGGCGGGCGGCGGCUUCGUCAGCGGCGGCGGCCACCCCUUCGCCGCAGGGGCCCAGCACUCCGACCCGGCCGUCGCGGAGGGCGCCGUCGUGGCCGCGGUGGUGGCCGCGGCCCGGCGCGCCAGCGCCGCGCGGGCCGCCGAGCCGCCGCCGCUGCCCGCGGGGGGGUGGCCCGCGGCCGCCGAGGGCCGCGCGGCGGGCGCGAAGCGCGGCUCGGGCGAGGCGCUGGGCGACGGCUGCCUCGCCUGCCGCGCGCGCGUCCUGCCCGCGGACGAGGAGAGGGGUCCAUGGCGUCCACGGCGUGAGCGUGGGAUCCCUCCUCGCCUCUCCGUUUUUCACCGGGCGAGGCCUCCCAGAGGGGAUCCGAAGGUGCGGGGGGCGGCGGGAGCGGCAGGAGAGGCGCCAGCCAUCUCCGGCAGCGGGCGGCGUUUUCCAUGCCGAGGCCUGGCCUGGCGUGUCUCACCCCGUGCGCCACUGCAGGAGCGAGGCCGUUUUUUCCUCGGCGAGGUUGUUUUACGUUUGGCCCCGCCCGCACCUGCGCGCGGGCUGGCGAGGACAAGGGAGAGAUUCUGGCAGGCGAAUACUGCUGCUGCCCGACAGCCCCAGGAGGGGUGGGGGAGGGCAUUUUCACAGCGCGCGCGACCCGUGUGUAGGCUUUUAAUGCACCGCAAGUCUUUGAUUCUGGCGAAUCUUUUAGCCGCCUGCGCCGCCGGCCCGCAGCGCGUGGAGGAGAGGGGGUCGGCGGUGAAAUCCGAACCCUGCUUUAGCCGAGCAACGAUUCAGCAUGGCUGGCGGGGGCAGGGCUCGGAUGCCGCCCUCGUGCGGACGGGGGCUGCACAGCUCCCAGGAGACCUCCCUCCCUCGGGGGAGCGAGGCGCGCCGUCUGCCAGCGCAGAGCAGGCGGUCGGCGGCGAGCCCGGGUGGGGAACCUGCUGCGGCAUCCCGCUGAGCGCAGGCCCGCAGCGUCAGGAGCAGGCCUUCUCCGUUUCACUUCCCCCCCGAGGCGGAGCCGUGGCCCCGUCGUCUCUGUGGUACGCCUCCGCCCAGCUCGCGCGCGGCUUGGGCCGCGCGCGCGCGCGGGCAGGCAGAGGCCACGCCGGUGUCACGCAGCUGAGCUGUGCGAGCGGCUUUCUCGACUACACGUGAGAGGGACCCUUGGUGGGAGCGACAUUGUGUGCGGGCUCCUCGGGGCCCCCCCAGCGCUGAGCGCGGUGCGGAUGCGGCUGCCUGCGCGCGCGGAUUUGGCCACACUGCGCCCUCUUCGCCCGCGCAGCAAAGGUCACCUCUGCCCAGGGUCAAUCUUGCGUGUAGCCGACUCUCUGCUGUGGGGUCCAUCGGCCGCCGCUGACGUCAACAUCGGGCCGGCGCCUCCCUCUGCUCUGCAGCGUCGCUGUUCCGGC